CGUACAAACCCAUCAUAUGCAUUCACGUGCAACUCUUUUCAUAUAUUACUUCCAAUCAUCAUAACACGAAUACAAAAUAUACAGCGCAACAAUAAUACAAUAUUCCACAUGCGCGGGCCAGUUCUCAAUCCAUGGCCGCCGCUGAUGGUGCAUCAUACGUACUUAGCCACUACGACGACUUGUACACAACUUAUUCAUGAUGACGACGACGACGACGAACCGCCGACGAGAAACGACCAACUAAGGGAUGCCGGUUUUAGCCUUCUUCCUCCCCCGCAUGUUGGGAGAACGUGCUUAAAAGGAAAAUCAGGAAAAGUUGAUGGGGCAAAAAGGGAAAAAGUACAAUAUGAUCGGUAGUGUUGGUGGGUAAGGAAGGAAGGAAGGAAGAAAGAAAGAUCGAGAUGAAGCUGCCAGAAUACAGAAAGGGCACUUCUAGGCUCUAGCUCAUUACGUGGGAAUUAAAUAAUAAAAAAGUAAUAAAAUAUAACGAUGGUUAUAACUUAUAGCUAGGGUCAUCAAUGGAAGCCCCCGGCGGCGACCUUCCCGACCGCUUCAGGCGGCGGAGAUGGGAGUAAAGUUAGCGCCAAUAUCCCGCUGCAGGCCGCCGCGAUUGCUCCGACCACAAACGCCGGCAAGUUGCCUCCCCCGAAUAGAGAGUCCCAUGGUCCACUCAGUAAGGAUACCAUCAUCUGUUCAUGUUCACAAUAAGCAAUAUAUUAAAUAAUAAAUUUAAUUAUACAUAUAUAUAUAUAUAUAUAUACAUACAUAUAUAUAUAUAUAUAUAUAAUAAUUGGUUACAGAUAGAUAAAUUUAAUACAAAUGGGGCUUGAGGUGUUCAUAUGAUUGAGCUCUAGAAAGCCUAAUCCAACUUUUUCAAUCAUCUAUACUUAGUACCAGCAAACAUAUGCUUUUUCUUAGCUGAUCAGCUUAAUUAUGACCAGAGCUUUUUUGUAUCUUUUUGGGUUAAUUAUUAUUAUUAACCAUAUUAAUUAAUUAAUAAUCCAGUUGGUAGACAAAGACUAACAUGAUUAAGAUUCGAUCCUACCCACAUAUGCCUUCAAGUCCAUUUUUCAACUUUCAAUGUCUAGCUAGAUGUCUUAAGAGUAACACUACUAGCUAGAUAGCAAGUGUGCUUUCCACCCCUUUCAACGAUCAGUUACUAGUAUUGAUAUUGCUAGAUAAAAAUAUUAAUUUUAAAAAUAUUUUUCAUGAACAUUAAAAAAAACGACAAAUUGAGAGAAUAAUUACUAAAUUUGUCGAUAAUAGUACGAGAUUAGUAUCAAAUGUAGUUAUCUCGGUACUGAGACAGUAAUGUUUUGGCUUGUUCUGCCAAGGAGGAAAAACAAAUUAGAACUCUAACUUGUGUUUCCACCUUCCGUAACUAACAGUCUUAACACAAUAGUUUGUUAAUCAAAAUUUGUUUAUUGUACUUAAUUAGGAGUGACAGGUAGGGUAGGGUAUUCUGUGAACUCGAUGCUGAUAUUUUGUCUUACAUCUUCCACUUUCAACAGCACAAUGUUUAAACAAAUAUGGAAUUGAAAA